AUGGUUCUGCAAGACAAGAUGAUAGCUGUUGCAGAUCUAUCCUAUGGCUUGCGAGAUAAGAACCCUGAGUCAAGCCUCGAACAAGUGGUGGAAGAGACCUACAAUGGCACAUUGAAGCCAUGGCAUGGUUGGAUAUCCUCAGCUGCUUACAAGGUGGCCAUCAAGCUCGUUCCGGGGAGAGAAAUGCUCAUCAGAUUGCUGAUGGGCCAAGAACAAGAUUACAAUGACCUGAAACAAGACAUCAAGAAGUAUGCCUCAGUGAUCCGGCCUCUUCUGGAUGACACAUACCAACUCUUGGUGAGUAGAAUUGGCUUCUUUCUGUGAGUUCGUCUUCUUUGUGUGAUUGGAUUCAUUGCUUUGUGAUUUCUGAUGAUUUGGUGCAGAGAACGCAUGAAUUGGACAGACUGAAGUCUGCCUGAUGGUUGAGUUUGAUGAUGCGUAUGCCUCACAUGAUGUAAGAACAGAGUGUACAUUGUUGCUUGCUUAGAAGAAAGAAUGUAGCCUACUAUCACGAAAUAACAGCAGGUUUCAUCUCUCUCUCUCUCUC